GGUGAACCAAGGCUAGUCUUUUGGAUCGGGCUAGGGUCAGUUUACAAGUUUGAGUUCAGUUUUUCCCCACCGUACCUGAAUGGCUGAAUGAACGUUGAUGAAAGGAAGGCAAUUCACCCUUAGGCCUUUGCUUCAUCUUCUCCGGUUUCCCAUCGCAUUCCACUCCCAUUAAAGGCAAUUUCCGGUGAUGAUAAGAUUGGCGGCGGCUGCCACAUCCACCAUCAAGCCGCCACAUCCCCAUUUAUUUCUGUCAGGUAAACCUUUGUCAUUUUCGAUUGCUUCCUCACCUAUCCUCGAGGACCCUGCUACUCCUAAGGAGCUCUAUUCUCAGCUCCUCUCUCUCCUGUCCCUCCCGAAUUGGCAAAAGAGUCAUUCUCUCAAGAGACUAUUACCUUCUCUGUCCCCUUCUCAUAUCUCCUCUUUUAUCUCCAGAAACCAGUCUCUCGAUCCAUGUACUGCUGUUUCCUUCUUCGACUAUCUCUAUCGUAUCCCUUCAUUCAAGCUUGAUGCGCAGUGCUAUUUGUCUCUCCUUCACAUUCUCAUACCCCGAAAGCUGUUUCCCGCCGCGGACCGGAUACGCGUUUUGAUGAUUAAAUCCUGCGAAAGCCCGGAUGAAGCGAAAUAUGCCGUUAGUUUGUUUCUGGGUAUGCAUAAUGUCGAUGAUCAUGAUGAUGGUGGUGGCAGUAGUCUAAAAUUCAAAUUUAAGCUCAAUGUUAGGUCUUGUAACACGAUGUUGAUGUCUUUGUCGAGGUUUCUGCUGAUCGAGGAUAUGAAAUGCUUGUAUCUGGAGAUGUUGAGGGUUAAGAUUUCACCUAAUAUUUACACAUUUAAUACUAUGAUAAACGGGUACUGCAAACUGGGCAAUGUGACUGAAGCUGAGAUGUACAUGAGUAAGAUCUGUCAAGCUGGAUUGAGUCCAGAUGCUCACACAUACACUUCGUUCAUCUUAGGUUAUUGCAGGAAAAUGGAUAUAAGUAGUGCACUUAAGGUAUUCGAGGAAAUGCCUCAGAAGAGUUGUCCAAGGAGUCAUGUCACCUAUAACAUUUUGAUGCAUGGGUUGUGUGAAGCUGCAAAGGUAGAUGAUGCGUUGAAGCUGUUUUCACAAAUGGGGAUUGAUCAUUGUUGUCCAAAUGUCCGGAGCUAUACAAUUUUGAUUGAUGCAUUGUGUGAAUUGAAUAGGGAAGUGGAGGCGUUGAAUCUGUUUGAUGAGAUGGUGGAGAAAGGUUGCCAACCAAAUGUCCACACUUACACUGUUCUCAUUAAUGGGAUGUGUAAAGGAAAGAAGCUUGUUGAAGCAAGAGGGUUAUUAGAUGAGAUGGGGAAAAGGGGUCAAGCUCCUAAUGUGGUAACUUACAAUGCUUUGAUUGAUGGGUACUGUAAAGUGCAAAAUGUUGAUUCUGCAAUGGAGAUAUUCAACUUGAUGGUGUUAAAUAAGUGUAUGCCAAAUGUGCGCACAUAUAAUGAGUUGAUUUCUGGAUUUUGUCUGGUGAAAAAGGUGCACAAAGCAAUGGGACUACUUGAUAAAAUGCUUGAACAGAAGCUCUCUCCUUCUGUUGUCACAUACAAUUUGUUGGUCCAUGGACAAUGUAGCGAGGGCCACAUAGAUAGCGCUCUCAGAUUGCUUACGUUGAUGGGUGAGAGUGAUGUGGCUCCAAAUGAGCAGACCUAUGGUCCUGUGAUCAAUGCAUUAUGUGAAAAAGGUUGUGUUAAACAUGCUCGUUCCAUAUUUGACUCUUUGAAGGAUAAGGGUUUAGAAGCAAAUGAUGUGAUAUACACCUCUUUAAUUAAUGGUUAUUGUAGAGUAGAAAAUCUCGAUGUUGCCCUAACUUUGUUCAAAAGGAUGCUUGAUGAGCAAUUCAUUCCAAAUUCAAGCACCUAUAAUGUAAUACUUGGUGCUUUAUGCCAAAACAAUAAGCUCCAGGAAGCCACUAAGUUGUUGGAAAGUAUGGAAAAAAGAGGAGUCAAACCCACUGUAGUCACAUACAGUAUUUUGAUUGAGAAAAUGCUAAAAGAUAAUGAUUUUGGCGGUGCUUAUAGGGUUCUUAAUUUAAUGGUGUCCUUGGGAUCUAAACCUGAUGUCUGCACUUACACUUCAUUUCUUGUGGCAUAUUGCAACCAAGGGAAGUUAAAAGAAGCUGAAAAAUUGAUGGCGAAAAUGAUAAAGGACGGGGUAACGCCAGAUUUGAUGACAUGUACAGCAUUAAUGGAUGGGUAUGGACGUUUGAGAUUACUAGAUCACUCCUUUCGUACUUUUAAAUCUAUGGUUGGUGCUGGAUGUAAACCUUCGCUUUAUACCUACUCAGUUUUAAUCAAGCAUUUGUUACAUGAAAAUCGAAUAGCAAAAUGUGUCAAUAGGUUUGAAGUUGGGUCUAUAAACAUUGUGGAUGUGUGGAAAAUAACGGAUUUUGUAACUGUUGUUGCAUUGUUUGAAAAAAUGGUGAAACAUGGCUGCCCUCCUGACACAAAUACAUAUAGUACACUGAUUUAUGGACUUUGUAGAGAAGGACGCUUUGAAGAAUCUAGGAUGCUUGUUGAUCAUAUGAAAGACUGUGGAAUGUCUCCUGGUGAAGAUAUCUAUAACACACUGAUAAGAUGUUGCUGCAAGUUAAAAAGGUAUGAUGAUGCAGCAAAUUUGGCUGAUACAAUGGUUAUGCAUGGUUAUUCACCACAUUUUGAGGCCUACAAUUUCCUCGUAUGUGGACUCUAUGAAGAAGGACGUAAGGAAAGGGCUGAGGAAGCUUUCUUAAAGCUCCUUAACUGUGGUUAUAAUAAUGAUGAAGUUGCAUGGAAACUGUUAAUUAACGGCUUACUUAAGAGAGGGCUUUCGGAUAGAUGCUCCGAGGUUUUAGGUAUCAUGGAAAAAAAUGGUAACCUGAUUCGUCCUCAAACAUAUACUAUGCUGAUAGAAGGACUUAUUCAAACAGAAGGGCGUGUAGAAGAAUAGUAAUGUGCUCGAUUGAGUAUCUAUGGAGCAUCUUUAUGCAUUGAUUCUUACUUCUGCAAUGAUUUGUACGCCAUUCUUGAGUUGCCACUUCAGUCAAGUAGUCCUGUCCAAGAGCUCCGCCUUCUAGUAAAACUGAUCAAGAGAGCAAGAUUAAGUGGCAGCAUUUCAGAUGCUACGUUGAAAAAGUGAACUGCUAAAAGUAGUGAGGCUCCACCGGUGAGCCGUCCUGAAAAUGAGCCAUCAUUAGUCAAAGAGGGAUUAUAUGCAUUUCCGUAAUGAGGAAAUAAGUACUUUAUGCCCCACAGAAGCAAACCCUCUCAAUGGCCUUAUUCUUUAAGAUGAUAGAUUUUAGGUCCUGUUGGCCAUACAUUUCGAAUGGCGGAUACUUCCUUUAUAGGGACCUCCUCUUGGCAGAGAACUGCUGCUGUUGGUCGGUAUUGCUCCAUAGAUGACAAAAUGUGAGGUGGCAGGAAGUAGUGAUAAUAAAAUAUGAUGAAGCACGGUGAGCAAAUGAUGAAUCAAAUGAUGAGCAAACACUUGUCAAAGUAUUGAGGAAGUUUUGCGGAACCCAUUGAUUUCUACUUUGACUUAUGCUGCUGUCACCGAUUCCACAUAACAUCUGCAAAUGGAGGAGAGCAAACAAGAGUACUGAUGAUCUUAUGGUUGAGAGCCACCUCCUCAAGUUAUGAAUAAUUUGGUGGUAAGGUUCAGUGAACCUGCAUGAGCUGUGGAGUAGGUGCUGAAUGUAAAGAAUUUAGGGACUCUAGUUUCAAGAUCACUCCUGAAGUACUCUUCCAAAAUAGGAACUAGCAAGCACUUGUAGUCAUUUCCCAGUCAGAUCAUGUGAAGUAAAAGACACGGAAAUUGAAGAAUGGAUUAGCAAUGCGUACCGAGUGGUACAUCUUUUUUGCUGUCUCUUGCAUCAUGUGAAUCAUAUGCAAUAUGGUAAUGUGUCAUUUCUUAGCAUUUUAGGGGUUGUUUACUUGUGACUUAAUAAGAAAAAUAAUGACCAAUGUAGUUGGCUGGACAGGCUCUUGGAAUAUCACGUUGCACACCAGGUUUCGAUUCGCUUUGGAGGCAGAUUUUGCAUUUAAUCUCGGGUUUUACAAUUUUUUUGGGUUUGGGCCAUCCAGGGUUACGGUCUGAGUCAGGCGAUUUGCGGGUAAUUCCGGGUUUCGACACAAUAGCGAGUUGAUGGCCUAGCGGACCGGAUUGGGCUCCGGAUGAUCGGGUUCCAUGUCGACCUGCCUAGUCUGGCCCGGUUCUUAAAACAUAGUGUGAAGCACUAGGACUUGAUUUAGUUUGUUUUUCAAAAGAUUAUAUAUUAUUGAUUUAAAAAACUCUUUCAUUUAGAUGAAGAAGCGUGAUGUAUCGGGGAGAGGAUACGUUAGCAUGUUGUGCAUGAAACUCAUUAAAUAAAUUAUCAAAUAUAGGGAGAACUACCAAAUAAGCCCUCGAACUUUCACAAAAAGUGCAAAUAAGCCCUUUUAUAGGAGGUUCUUUCCGACCGUCGCCAUUUCGGAUGGUUUCCGGUGGAAUUUUUCGUUGAAAUUUUUUGUUGAAAUUUUCUGAGAAUCUUCUUCAUUAAGUCUAGUUUACGCAUAUCAAAUUUCAGCUAAAAAUUCAAUCGGGGAGGUAGUCAAAUGAAUUUUUGAAGAUAACUGCGCAGUUAGGCAGCGCAGUAUACUUCAGAAAAUCAUUUGACUGCCUUCUCGAUUGAAUUUUUAGCUGAAAUUUCGUAUGAGUAAACUAGACUUAAUGGAGAAGAUUCUCAAAAAAAAUCAUCAAAACAUUCCACCGGAAACCGUCCCAAAUGGCGAUAGCCGGACAAAGCCUCAUGUAAAAGGGCUUAUUUGCACUUUUUAUGAAAGUUCGAAGGCUUAUUUGAUAGUUCUCCCUGAAAUAUAUUACUGACCC